AUGGGAUCGUCACGCAAAAACAACCAGCCCGCUCCCGCCCCUCCUUUCUCCGUGGACGAGGAGACAUCAAGCACGACCGCCCGCUGCGGUUCGCCAUCCAGAUCGAAGUCGAAGACUACGAAAACCAAUAAGGCUGUCCAGAGGAAGGGCAAGAAGAGUAGCAAGGAUGAGCACGUAGACGAGGAUUUGGCCUUCAUGGGAGCACACUUCUCGUAA